CGCAAUGAAGAUGCAUUUCAGUAUCCCCCUCUCAGAGGACCUGCUGGAGAAGUUUGGUGGCCGCUAUGUGCUGUACUCUGUGUAUUUGGAAGGUUUUCUGUUCUGCAAAGUGCGUUACAGUCAGUUGCACCAGUGGAAUGAACAGUUAAGACGGGUCUUUGGGAGAGGUGUUCCUUCAUUUCCUCCAAAGUUUUACCUCGCAAUGACGAAAUCAAUGGCAGAUGAAAGGAGGGCUCAGCUAGAACAAUAUCUACAGAAUGUGUCGAUUGAUCCAAAUUUUACGAACAGUGAUGUCUUCAUUAGUUUUUUUAGGAAAUUACAGUUGGAUACAUUUAAAAUCCAAAGCCAACAAGCUUUUCUAGAUGUUUACCUUGCUGAUGGGAAGCAUCUGAAAGUGGAUAUUCAGACAUCAGAUACUGCUGAAAGAGUGCUGGAGGUUGUGUCCUACGAGAUCGAGCUGUCAAGAAAACUACUAGGGUAUUUCAGCUUAUUUCUUAUUCAGGAUCACAAUGAUGGAAAGCUUUCUGUGUUGAAAAAACUGGCAGAAUUUGAACUUCCCUAUGUGAGUCUUCAGAGUGUCAAAGAGUCUCCUUAUAAGAUUGCAGUCAGAAAGUGGUAUAUGGACCCAUCCCUUGAUAAAGUGCUUAUGGAUUGUAGAACAUCUGUGAACUUACUUUACACACAGGUACUGCAGGAAAUGGAGAAAAAGUGGAUCACACCCAGCGCUGGACAGAUGCAGAAGCUUCAGAUGCAACAAAAAGCACCAGACAAAAUUAAAUUUUUAAAGCUAAUUCAGGAGGUGAGGCACUACGGAUACAUGCAACUGGACCCCUGCUCUUGUGAUUAUCCAGAAAUAGGCUGCGCUGCUGCUAUUCACGUGGGAAAUAAUGAGAUUAGCUGCUGCAUAAAGUUGCCUAGUAACCAGAUCAAAGAGGUCAACUUCAAGAUCAAUAGGGUGAGGUGCUGGCAAGUCACAUUUGUUGGAUCUCUUCCAGGCCAAGGGCUUGACCAGGUCUUGGAGCUCAGGUUCGAGUACAAUGAUUCUGACACAUGGAGAUGGAUUGUCUUUAACACAAAGCAGGCAUUUCUCCUAAGUAGUUGCUUAAAAAAGAUGAUAACGGAGCAGCUGACGACAGCCAAGAGAGAUCAAGAAAUGAUUGAGUUGCCUGAACCAGGUAAAGCUAAGAAACAAAGCAUUCAUGGAAGCCAGAUAUUCCAUUCUGGUUUUAUGCCAAGGAAGACCAAAUCCAGUAGACCAAAUGAAGACGACUGUGUGUUUGAGAAGAUAAGAGAAGAAGACUUGUGACCAGCACUUUGCGAACUGCCCCUCUUCUUUUUGUUUCUGAAAUAAGGACCAGUUCCCACUUUGGCUGCCAGCACAGCAUUUUUUGUUUUCCUUGAAAAAGAGAGAACGUUUUGGUUUUGAUAUUUCAAAACAUCAGUUAUCCACUUCUGAGAAUCAUAAGCAGCUACAACUGGAAGUGAAAAUGUUAAUAUUUUGUACAUAUGCUUGGUUUAUUUAAAAGCACCUUGGACUUUAGAAAUAGAUAUAUAAUUUGUCCUGAAUCAAAAUAACAUUUUUUAAAAAUGUGUCUCAUGAAUGAAACUACAGGGAACACUGCAGUAGCUGCAUUUCUUGUCUUUUUGGCAAACUGUCUCUCUCGGCUUGACUUCGCGAACGAAGAUUUAAGAAGGGUGCAACUAACAUCCCCCAUGACUUUUUAGUCCUUUGGAUGAAUAAUGGGCUGCAUUGAAUCUGUCCAAUGUGUUUCUGUAUACAAGGUAUUUCUUAUUGCAGCCUUCAACAUUUAAUUGAAUGUCUCAUCAUCAUCAUCUGUCAUUUCUGUAAGAAACAUAUUCAAGAAACUGAGGGUUUAUUUUUCAGGCCCUUUAAAAGAUUUCCAUAAUUCUCUCUAGAACCUGUUAAAUGCAGAUUUUUGUCUGAUAAGUCGUUGGCAUGUCUUUGAUUCCCCCCCUCCCCCAAUCUUGGUACAUUAUUGACAGGGCUAUUGGAAAUGUUUUUCCAGUUUUAAUUAUUCCAAUAUUAUAUAGUCUGUUUUUUAAUCUUAUGGAGAGGUUGCCAUCAAGUCACAGCUGACUUACAGCAACCCUGUAGGGUUUUUAGAGCAAGGCAUUCAGGGGUGGUUUGCCAUUGCCUGCCUCUGCAUCAUGACCCCAGUAUUCCUUGGUGGUCUCCCAUCCAAAUACUAGCCAGGGCUGACUUUGCUUAGCUUCUGGGAUCUGACAAAUUGGGCGGAGUGGGGGUAAAGUGCAAUAAAAAAACCCUUUCUGAAUAUGUUAAAAUAUUACUGUGAAAGAAUUUCAGAUACAAGCAGAAUUUUUUGUAAUAAACUACUCUUUACAUGACAAUUAAAAAA